AUGGGUUCGUUAAGCGACGACGGCGCCACCGCCACGGGGUUCGAGUCGUCGCCGGAGAUGGUGAAGUUUCUGUGCGACAGAUUGCUGGACCCGCUGGACCCGGCCCAGCCCAUAUCGGAGCGGUUCAGAGCCUUGUUCUCUCUCCGCAACCUCAAAGGCGCUGCCCCUCGCGACGCCCUUAUUACCGCAACAAGGGAUUCUUCUAACUUGUUGGCACAUGAGGCUGCAUUUGCAUUGGGUCAAAUGCAAGACGCCGAGGCAAUUCCUGCUUUGAUAGCGGUUCUUAAUGAUUUCUCUCUGCAUCCCAUUGUUCGUCAUGAGGCAGCAGAAGCUCUUGGUGCAAUUGGUUUGGUGAGCAAUAUUCCUCUGUUAAAGAAUAGCCUGGCUUCUGAUCCAGCUCAGGAAGUAAAAGAAACCUGUGAGCUGGCCCUUAAUCGGAUUGAGCAGUUGAAGAAUGCUAGCGGUCAAUCCAUGGAUGAAAAAUCACCUUUUAUGUCUGUGGAUCCGGCUGCACCAGCUACUUCUGGUACUUCUGUACAUCAGCUAAGGGAAUCUCUUCUGGAUGAAAAAAAGAGCAUGUACGAGCGGUAUUCAGCUCUAUUUGCACUGAGAAAUCAUGGUGGUGAUGAAGCUGUUACUGCUAUAAUUGAUUCUUUGGGUUCCCAAAGUGCUCUCUUGCGACACGAGGUUGCUUAUGUGUUGGGCCAAUUACAAGAUAACGCUGCUUCAGCUGCUCUUUCCAACAUAUUGAUGGAUAAAAAUGAGCACCCAAUGGUUAGACAUGAAGCUGCUGAAGCUCUUGGUUCCAUUGCAGAUGACCAAAGUGUGUCACUUCUCAAGCAAUUUGCAAUGGAUCCUGAGCCUAUCGUGUCUCAGAGCUGUGAAGUUGCUCUAAGCAUGCUAGAAUAUGAGGGAUCAGGCAAAUCAUUUGAGUACCUCUUCAUGCAAGCUCCUCAAGUACAAUAAUUAACACCACUGCUUUACAAGCAUGAAGUUGGGACGAACGAGGAAACUGAGUUGUUUUCGCUUCAUCUAAAAUUUAGUACCAUAUUUACAACCCACAAACGCUGAGCCUGUGACAUUUGUACUUAGUAACCUGCACCAAAUAUGAAUCAGAAAUCAGAUAAUCUUAUAUGUGCUGCCUCA